AUGUGUCCCGUUAAUGGCACAUAUGUCUUCAUCUUUCAUAUGCUAAAGCUGGCUGUCAAUGUUCCACUGUAUGUCAAUCUGAUGAAGAACGAAGAGGUAAUGGUUUCAGCUUAUGCCAAUGAUGGUGCUCCUGACCAUGAAACAGCCAGCAACCAUGCUGUCCUACAACUCUUCCAAGGUGACCAGAUAUGGUUACGGCUACACAGAGGAGCAAUUUAUGGCAGUAGCUGGAAGUACUCCACUUUUUCUGGGUAUUUACUCUACCAGGAUUGA